GGUCAUUUAGGAAUUCCGCAGGGUCAGUUUAAUUGACAAAAAUGGAGAGACGAGCGACGUGGCAAAGGAACAGCCGUUUCUGACGAGGCAAGUAGCUCUAAACGGCACCGUCUCAACACCAAAACCCACAAGAAAACGACGCCAUCUCUUGCCUGACUCAGCUUGUACCGAGCAGUUCUCUCCUUGGCAAGAUCAUUUCCAUCUUCUGAAAGUCUCCACCCCUCCCCCACUGUUUUCCUCAGAUAAUUUUAUCCGUCGCCGAUCACGAAAAUCGAAAAUUUACAACGCCUUUUCCCGAACCGGACCGAAACUCACUUGAAGGAGCUUUUCAUCUUCUCUACCGCCGAAUCACCCCGAGUUCUGAACGGUGAUUCCGCUGGGUUCUUGGCCGAUUAUUCGAGCCGACCCAAGUGUUCUGUACCGAUUACGAUUCAACGAACCAUAGUCAGCUCUCUAAUGUGAUCGGGUUUGGUUAGGUCAAAGCCGGAGACUCAAAAUGGAUCGGGCCGCGAUAGCCGUUGGGCUGGGUAUGGAUAUGCCGAUCAUGCACGACAGCGACCGGUACGACUUUGUCCGAGAUAUCGGGUCGGGUAAUUUCGGGGUCGCAAGGCUGAUGAGAGACAAGCACACCAGGGAGCUUGUCGCCGUCAAGUACAUCGAGCGGGGAGAUAAGAUAGAUGAAAAUGUUAAAAGAGAAAUCAUUAAUCACAGGUCUCUGAGGCAUCCCAACAUUGUUAGGUUUAAAGAGGUGAUUUUAACCCCUACCCAUCUGGCGAUUGUUAUGGAAUAUGCAUCUGGAGGAGAGGUUUUUGAGCGAAUAUGCAGUGCUGGGCGCUUUAGUGAGGAUGAGGCACGGUUUUUCUUUCAACAACUUAUAUCUGGAGUCAGCUACUGCCACGAAAUGCAAGUAUGUCACCGGGACUUGAAGCUGGAAAACACGUUAUUGGAUGGAAGCCCAGCUCCUCGGUUGAAGAUAUGUGAUUUUGGGUAUUCCAAGUCUUCGGUUCUUCAUUCACAACCAAAGUCAACUGUGGGAACUCCUGCCUACAUUGCUCCAGAAGUACUGCUAAGGCAAGAGUAUGAUGGCAAGAUUGCAGAUGUGUGGUCAUGUGGGGUGACCUUAUACGUGAUGCUGGUGGGAGCAUAUCCUUUCGAGGAUCCUGAUGAACCAAAGGAUUUUCGCAGGACUAUACAAAGAAUUCUCAGUGUCCAGUAUUCCAUUCCCGACGGCGUUCAAAUAUCUCCCGAGUGUCGUGACCUGAUCUCAAGAAUUUUUGUUUUCGAUCCUGCAACGAGGAUCACCAUUCCUGAAAUCAAGAACCAUGAGUGGUUUUUGAAGAAUCUUCCAGCGGACUUGAUGGAUGAAAGAAUGAUGAGCAACCAAUUUGAAGAGCCAGACCAACCAAUGCAGAGCAUUGAUGUGAUCAUGCAGAUAAUUGCUGAGGCCACCAUUCCAGCAGUUGGGACUAAUAGCCUCAACCAGUAUUCGAUAGACAACCUGGAUAUGGAUGAUGACAUGGACGACUUGGAUUCUGACUCGGAGCUUGAUAUCGACAGCAGUGGGGAGAUAGUCUACGCACUGUGACACCUCUUCUGCAUGAUAGUGAGUUCUUUGGGCCUAGGGCUGUGUGAAGAUCUAACUAAGAGAGUGUGGUAGUAGUGUCUCUGGUAGAUUAGAGUAGAUAAGACCUUAGAGAAGUGUGUAAUGUUAGUACUUAUAAAAAAAAAAAAAAAAAAAGUGUGUAAUGUUAGUGUCAGCAGUGCACCUUGAAGUGGUGUUCAUAGCAUGAAGCUUUUCACCUUUCUGUCUCUGGAGUUUGAGUUUUACAACUUUAUAAAGGGUGGUGGUGGAUUAAAAUCGGACCCGGAGCUGUUGUAAGCCACCCCUUCUCAUUCCCGGUUGAACGCUUGUUUGUUUGUUGUUUUCGCAUUCUGUUCUUUGUGUUGUGGCUUAAAUACAUGGAUGUAUACUUCAACAA